UAUAAUAACAAUGGCUCUCGCCAAUUGGCUAACCCCUGUUGAGCCGGAAUGUGACAAUGAUGAUUCUCCGGCAGUGGAGGAAAUUCUCGGUAGAAUCGAAGAUGUACCGCCAGGAACUAAGAAAAUGUUCGAAGUUCGUGAUCGUAAAGUUUUGGUGAUUAACGACGAGGGUCGAAUUUACGCUAUUAAUGGAUUGUGUUCUCAUUACAAUUUCUCAUUGGAGAAUGGAACAUAUGCAAAAGGAAGAAUUAGGUGCCCACUUCAUGGAGCUUGCUUUAAUGUUCGAUCGGGAGAUAUUGAAGACUAUCCAGGCUUUGACAGUCUUCAUUCUUAUGUGGUUACUGUCAACGAUGGAAACCUUAUUAUCAAGACAACUGAAAAGAAGCUAGGUUCUGAUCGUCGAAUUCGACAUCUUCCAAAAAUGAAGCAGUGUAAUGAUCGACCAGUUGUGAUUAUCGGUGGUGGUGUAGCUACAGCUACAUUCAUUGAGCAUUCUCGACUUAAUGGUCUUAUAACCCCAAUUUUAGUAAUCUCAGAAGAGUCUUUGCCGCCUUAUGAUAGAGUCUUGCUGUCUAAGAAACCAGCAGCAACCGGAGAGGAUAUUCGUUUGAGAAAAGAUGAUGCGUUUUACGAAGAGAGAAAUGUCAAAUUUCUUUUGAAAACAUCGGUGAUUGCAGUAAAUCAUAAAAGUAGAGAAGUCAGUUUAUCGAACGGAGAAACUGUUGUUUAUUCAAAACUAAUUAUUGCUACUGGAGGAAAUGUUAGAAAGUUGCAAGUACCCGGAUCAGAUUUGAAAAAUAUUUGCUACCUUCGUAAAGUAGAAGAAGCCAACAUAAUUUCCAACCUUCAUCCUGGGAAGCACGUCGUCUGUGUAGGCUCAUCAUUUAUCGGAAUGGAAGUGGCAUCCGCUCUGGCAGAAAAAGCUGCGUCAGUUACAGUUAUUUCCAAUACUCCGGAGCCUCUUCCAGUUUUUGGAUCAGAUAUUGGUAAAGGAAUCCGUCUGAAGUUUGAAGAAAAAGGAGUAAAGUUCGAGCUGGCUGCAAAUGUGGUUGCUCUUCGUGGAAACGAUCAAGGAGAAGUCUCAAAAGUUAUUUUAGAGAAUGGAAAAGAGCUUGAUGUAGAUCUUCUUGUUUGUGGAAUUGGUGUUACCCCAGCCACUAAGUUUUUGGAAGGAUCUGGUAUCAAAUUGGACAAUAGAGGAUUCAUUGAAGUUGAUGAAAAGUUUAGAACUAAUAUCAGCUACAUCUUCGCAAUGGGUGAUGUUGUCACAGCUCCUCUCCCACUUUGGGAUAUUGACAGUAUCAAUAUUCAACACUUCCAAACUGCUCAAGCACAUGGACAACAUCUUGGAUACACUAUUGUUGGAAAACCUCAACCUGGACCUAUUGUUCCAUACUUUUGGACUCUGUUUUUCUUUGCGUUUGGUUUGAAGUUCUCAGGAUGCAAUCAAGGAUCCACAAAGGAAUACACUAAUGGAGAUCCUGAAACUGGAACUUUCAUUCGAUACUUCUUGAAAAAAGACAAAGUCGUAGCUGUAGCUGCUGGUGGUCCAUCCAGUGUUGCCUCCCAGUUCGCUGAAAUUUUCAAAAAAGGAAUCGAAGUCACUCUGAAGGAUUUGAAAAACAGCAGCGAUCACACUUGGGGACAUCUUCUGCUAUAGACGAGUGUAGGAAUUCAGCAGUAAAUAAAUAAACUAUUUGUUUGAUUAAAAAAAAUUUUUUUUGUGUUUUUUAUGGAAUGAACUAAAAACUGAUUUAUAUGUAUUCGCUGUUCCCAAAAAUCCGAUUUCUGAAAAAAAAAACCAUUGGCUCUUCCUUUAAUAAAAACUGAGAAAUAUU